AUGGCUGUGUCGGUUGCGGCCAACGGAUUUCGAUGGCUUGAUAUACUGGAACAAGAAUUUGAUAAAACAUUUGUGGAUUUAGAUUUACUUUUGGGCGAAAUAGAUCCAGAUCAAUCUGAAAUUACAGAUGAAGGACGGGGAAAAUUGACGGUUUUAAGUUCAUCUUGGGCUCAAUUAGUACACAAAACACAGACAUUAUCACAAACUAAUGCUAAAAUGGAGGCUCAGUUGAUCGAUACAAAAGCUGAAAUAAUUGAGACAAAAGCUGAAAAAGUCGCAAUGCAACAACAAAUUAAAGACAUUAUGGCUCAACUGCAUGCUUCACAGUUAGAAUGUCAAAUAUUAAAAAAUCAAGAAAUAGAGGGAGCGGAUACAAUAAGAAAACGAUUAGUAUGUCAUUUUAAGAAAAUAACCAAAUUUCUAUUAUGUACUCUAUUUGCUUUUAAGGAAGAUCAACUAAAUCGUCAAAGAAGCGAAUUCAAACGUGAUGCUGUGUGGGAAAUAAAAGCAAAUGAGUUAGAAAAAGAAAAUGUAAAAUUAAAAAAUAGUAUUAUCAAUUUACAAAGUGAAGUUUAUGGAUCACGAUUAGCUGCAAAAUAUCUCGAUAAAGAGCUAGCAGGACGAUAUCGUAAUGUGUUUGAACAGUUUUCUCAACUCAUUCGAACACAUUAUCCUCAAUUAUCUGUUGUUGGUGAAAAUUAUCCACCACCAGUGUACAAAUCUGUUUUAGCACAAUGUUUAAGUAUUUUAAAAAUGUUAUUUCUUGUGUGUAUUGUAUUAGGGCAGAAUCCAUUCACCAUUGCUGGCUUAGCAACCCCGUCCGUAUUCCAAUGGGCAUUGCAAAAUAAAAUUUAUUCGUGUUUAAUGUUAUUCUUUUUUUCAAAUUCAAUAGAAUCAUUUUUGAUGUCAACAGGCGCCUUUGAAAUAUUUGUUAAUGAUGUUCCGUUAUGGUCCAAAUUACAAACUGGACAUUUACCAUCCGCUCAAGAUUUUCUCCAAAUGUUACAAACGUUUCAGAAUAAAGAGAAUACAAUUGGUGGAGGCGGACCAAACAUCGGUGGCAUGUCGAGUUCAUCAACGUUCAACACGUAA